AUGGCAGGGCUGGUCCCACAGGAAGCUGUGUUGAGGCAUUCUCUACUGAGCGGAUUGCCAUGGGAUACCACGAGAAUAAUUGAAUACGGAUGGAGUAUCGCGCGUCAGCUCGAGUGGUCUAAUAUUUGUUCGACCGUGCAGGGUGCGAAUGAACACCCGCGUGUGGUUGUCGUGGUGAGGUCCUCCACAGGCUCAAACACGCCUGUCGCUUGUCGACAAGGACUACGUUCGUUGCUUGUCGACAAGGACUACGACAUUCGCACAACGAACAAUAACCUUUUUGCUAACGAUGUCGGUGUCGUUGUGCUCAUUUUACCGCCGAAGGAGCCUUCCAAUGCGUACUCAUGGAUUCAAUUUGCAAAUGUUUUGAAGCUUUGGCUUAGCUGCGGCACUCAGAUCCGUAGAGGAAGGAAUUUGGACCGGUUGAAUGAGAAAGCCAGAUGUCAUCUACAAGGAUACAUGGAUGCAUUUCCGGCUUUCGUUUCGCAGAUUCAUGACAUGAUCCCGGCAGAACCCGGCGUGCUCAAAUCGUCGAUGGCGUGUUUGAAAGUGGGCGUCGUUCAUGAUCCUGAAAGAUGGUGGCACGUGGAACAAGCGAUGGAGUUCUACAAUUUUUUGCGGUUUCUAGUGAAAGAGGUGGCGGACCUGGAGGUACUCAAGGUACCCAAAUCGAUGCAGAGGUCGGCAGGACAACCGUCGACGAGUCGUCAACGCGAACUUUCAGGUGUGCCGAAAGUUCGUGAUGGGCGGGUAUCGAAGCGUCACUUAAAAAGGGUGAAAAAAAGAAAAGCGCGAGCACUUGAACGCGCCGCACAGAAGCACUUCGAAGACCUGAGCAUUUGA